GUUUCUGUUGGUAUCUAUUAUGUGUAUGUAUCAUGUAAAUGAUUUUCCCCCCUCAUUUUAAUUUAGAGGCAUUGCACAUUGGACAAAUCUUUGUGAAGUACGGAUACAUUUACCCUUUAAAAGAGCCCAGAAACCUAAUUCUGAAUGUGGACAAUUCACCUUAUCGCUUCCAGAUGCCAUAUUACUGGAUGUCAACACGCUGGCCGGCUUCAGAACUGGACUAUGCAAUCUAUUUGGCAAUGAAGAAUAUCCGAAAACAAGGAAAACUAAUUGAGUAUGAAAAGGAAUGCUAUAAUGCUUUACAUAAACGUAUCAACGACACCUGGGACUUUGUUGUGAUGCAGGCAAGAGAGCAGCUCAGGGCAUCAAAACAGCGUCGGAAAGCAGAUUGUAUAGUGCUGGAGUGUAAGGAGCAAGCUUACUGGCUAGUGAACAGACCACCUAGAGUUUCCGUGCCGACUAAACUUCCUGUGGAGCGCUGGAGCUUCAGCUUCAUGGAGCUACUGAGUGACCCAAUGGGCAGAAAAGAGUUUCUCACUUAUUUGAAGAAAGAAUUCAGUGCGGAGAACUUGUGUUUCUGGCAGGCCUGUGAGGACGUCCGUCACGGCGAGACCUCAAAGAUUCCAGGGAAAGUGGAUGAGGUUUACAAGCAGUUCCUGGUUCCUGGUGCAAGUCGCUGGGUCAAUAUUGACAGCAAGACCAUGGAAAAGACCUUGGAAGGAUGCACGCGCCAUCAUCCUUUUGUCUUGGAUGAUGCUCAAAUGCACAUUUACUUCCUCAUGAAAAAGGAUUCAUACCCUCGUUAUCUCAAAUCUGAUCUCUACAAGAGCUUAUUAACCAGAGCCGUAGUACCACAGGAGACCAAGAAAAGUGUGUUCCCUUUCAUGCGUCGCCAGCGUCACUCCAGCCCCUCACCUGCCCUUGCCACCCAAGCUGCAGAGGAUGAUGGGAAGGCAAAGAUCUCUAACUCUUUCAAAAGCAAUGCUGAAACUGCAUCCCGGGUUUAAGCAUGUUGUGCUACCUUAUGUUCCCUAACACAGUUGUAAAUGGAUCUGCAUUGCUUCCUCUUGUGCUUUACAAAACAGAUGUUUCAGAAUAUAACAACAGAUCAUUAUGUAACAAGAAUGCUUGAUUCCUCUGUUCACAUUUCUCUGUAUACUAUCACACAGGAAUACAGCUUUUUCUGCAUUUCAAAAAUACAAUGUA